CACAAGAAGACAUGUGAGGUAUUGUAUUUCAAGGCAAAUAAAAACCAUAUCCUUCUCCCCUCCUAUUUUCCAGGCAGUGUGGUUUACCUGGGGAUGAUGGUUGGAGCGUUCUUCUGGGGAGGAAUGUCUGACAAAGUGGGCCGCAGACAGUGCCUCCUCAUCUGCAUGUCCACCAACGGCUUCUUCGCCUUCCUGUCCUCUUUUGUCCAGGGAUACGGCUUGUUCCUUGUUUGUCGUAUCUUUGCAGGCUUUGGGAUAGGAGGUGCUGUGCCCAUCGUUUUCUCCUUCUUUUCAGAGGUGUUGUCCAGGGAGAAAAGAGGAGAGCACCUCAGCUGGUUGUGUAUGUUCUGGAUGAUCGGAGAGAUAUAUGCCUCCGCUAUGGCCUGGGCCAUCAUACCACACUAUGGUGAGUGUAUCG